AGACAGCCUGCCCACCCCCACCUCAAAACAGCACCAGGUCACAGGCGCAUACUAAUAACCCAUUCCUCAACGCAUUGCCCACGCUCGACCACAGACUAGACAUCGCACCCUCACCCUCUCCCCCUCCUCACUUUCAGCCGCUCCAUCACCACCACCACUCAACCAGUACCCCUCCGACCACCUCCCACUAUCUGCCCGAUCAUCAAUCACCCCCACCACCAAUUCAUCUUCUCCAACUAGAUCCUCAACUAGACUCAGGCAUGCUCCUCCCGCCACCGCCACCCAAGAAACGUGAAAGAACAAUGGGAAGCGACCAGAACGGAUCCGGGAACACACCAUUGAACGACUCCGGUAGGACCCUGCUCACCAACAGGCCGGCCAAGAAAGAAAAACCGGCACCAGUCACUAUGGUCUAUCGUGGCGCACCGGACGACCACCCGUACGCAUUCAACCAGAAUCAGCACCGCCAACAUCCCCUCAACCCCAGCGUCACCGCAUUGGCUCCUCAGACUGCAAUCAACAGGGGCUAUGGAAGUAUGGACAUGGAUGAUGCCCCGCCGUCCACCGCCGCUCCGAGCUACAGUCUGUCACACGCCACCGAAGCAAGUCUGAUGAAAAGGAAACACAACCGUUUGCGCGAUCUCUGUCGGGAACGUGGUCUUCUCACUCCCUCCCGUGAGCUCACCAAGCGAGAGAUGGUUCAGGCUUUGUUAUCAUGGCGCGAAGCAAAUCUCGGCCAACGAUCCUCCGGAUUCUCGGAAACUGACGAUUCUAUGAUGAGCUCGGCGUCUGGCUACGAUACCGACGAUCACGUUCGCUCUCACCCGAACAUUCAAGAAAGAUCAUUUGAAGAUUCGAUCGACCCCCAGCUCUACUCGCCCGAGCUCAACCCUGGUAUCUACAAUUUGCGACCCCGCAACGGUGCCUCGCCACCCAAAUUGGCAGGCAAUCACGCACAAUCACCAGGAAACUAUCCACAACAAGCGGAGAAUCACCAGGAGACCAUCCGCUCGAGUGCUCAGCCCCGGACUCGCAUGGCCAUACCCGAUCCGUUCAACAAUAACCGCCAGCAGGCCGUCCACUCGCCACAUAGCCAGUUGGCCAACUUCCUCGCCGCCACUGGGCUCCAGCACCAGUACCAGCUUGAUCCAUCCAUCCGUAGUCCGACAAAUGAUCCUCAGCCGGCUAAGAAGACCCCUCCGGCUCAACCCGCGGAGGAACCCGCAGUAAUGUCUCACCCCCCGAUGAUACCCUUGCUGGACGAUCCCUCUCGUAACAGCAAACGAGGCAGCAUCAGACUCGUCGGCACCAAGGUGCCCUCGAUCGGCCCCAUCGGAAAGAUGAGCAUGUCAAGCAUCAACGUAGCUGGCGACGGCCCAAUGUCCAUCACUGAACCCCGCACGAUGAAGGGGGGCGUUCACGUCACUUCGACUGCCGUCGCCCCCGGAACAGUUGUCAUGAAAUCUUCUUCCCCGCCCUCUCCACCUGCCUCCACUGAAACCCAAGAUGACGAUGGACAUGCUGGAUCUCAGAGCCAUCGCCCUCGACCGUCCCCUCCUGAGGACCUCGACGUACUGUUAGACUUGGAAGACCUGAAGUUGUCUGACAAGGAAAUCCCACCCGAGAAACUAACUCGGGAACAUAAGGUAGGUAGUGGUAGUUUCAAAGAUGUAUACAUGGGCAGAUACCGCAACUUCCGGGUGGCGAUCUGUGAUCUCAGAGGCCGUCUUACCGACAUGGACAUCAAAGAACUUGGACUCUUGAGAGAUCUCAGGCAUCCUAACAUUGUGCGGUUCAUCGGGGUAUCGAUCGGAGGCACCAUCCCCUGUACCAUCGUCACUGAACUGUGUCGAAACGGAGACUUAUACGAUUACAUCCGCAAGAUCCCCUGCCCUUCAUACGUUCAAAUCUUAGGCUUGAUGUUGGAUGCUGCCAGAGGGGUCGAAUACUUACAUCUGCGCACACCUUCGAUCAUUCAUAGAGAUCUCAAGAGUCCGAACGUCUUGAUUACUGCCAACGGGAGCGCUAAGAUCACCGACUUCGGACUCGCCCGAGUCAAGCGGGAUGUCAUGUCGAUGUGUGCCACAACCUGUGGCACGCUCAACUGGCAAGCCCCUGAGCUCUGGGUUGCACAUCCUUCUUACAACCAUAGCAUCGACGUCUAUGCACUUGGAUUGGUAUUUUGGGAGGUCUUAUGUUGGCCAUUCAAAGAGAAAACGUACCCCUUCCAAGGAAUGAACGAGCAUGCGAUCUUUGAGGAAGUCGGCAAGAAGAAACUGAGACCUAGCACCAGCAUGGUUCGUCGGAAAUGGGGUCGUGAGAUCGUCGGCCUGAUUGAUCGCAUGUGGGACAACGAGUCCGACGCAAGACCGGCCAUGCCUGAGGUCGUCCGUCUUCUCAAUGCUAUGUCUUUGCAAGAACGUGAAAAGGCUUGGGCCGCUACCAAAAAUCAAUUGCCCUCGAUGGCUUGAUUUAGUCCCUUUUCUAUCCUUCCAUCCUUGCAUUCCUGUCCAUCUUAAUAUCUGACUUAGUCAGCCCACAUCCGCUCUUCUUACCACACUCACUUGAACUUUCUCAGUUUCGGAAUGCUUUGGUCUCUCUCACAUACAUCAUCAGUGUUGUUUUGCUAGGAUCUGUACAUGCUUCAAAAAAUUAUGGCCUUUUCUAUUUCAUUAGUACGCUCGUUCUUAUGUCUCAUUUUUCUUUUUCGCAGCGGGUUUAGUGGGCGAGGGGUUUUAAUCCUGGAGGACUAGUAUUCCUGAAUAGCAUUCGUACUAUGCUCACAUAACACACACAACACAUCUUUCUUGGAUAUACUGUUCUUUACUUUUCACCAGAACGCACAACAAAAAAAAAUCAAAACAAUUACAACAACACUUGAAAAAUUUAUUUGUAAACAUUGUUUUUCUCCUAUCAUCACACACGCGGAAUAUUGUCAUUCAUUCAAUUUUAUCUUCUCUCCUCUUAUGUUUGUCUGUUUCGAGAUCAUAUGCUCUUGUUAUCUUUUCUAUCUUCUUUUAUCGUACUCAUCAUUACUGCUCAUUCCUCAUUCCUCAUCCAUUAUCACUUGUCAUCUAGAAAACCGUUAAUUCAGAUGGCCCACAUCAAUAUUCCCUUUUUGCACCUCCAUCACACCUUUUUUCUUCCUUCUGGUCUGAAUUCUGAUUGCUUCAUAUUCCUUCUUCACUUCAUUCAGCUCUUAUGACUCUUUAUUCUUUCCUCCUCCAUGUCUAGUCUCUCCCUCUCUUCUCUCAUUCUCAAUUAGAUUGUUGUUGUUUUUGGUAUUCUUCAUUGGUUUUUAAUCUAAUUUUUUUAUUGAUACUUUAUGUAGAUGUCUCUUUCCCAGCUUCUCUGUGUGUCUGAUUGGGAUUCAUGACAAGGGGAAAGUGUCCAGGUAACCACA